AUGUACUAUAUGAGCGGGGCUUUAGAUGAUGAUCUCAAUUCACCCGCUCAGUACGAAGAGCGCAGACCCACCGUCAAGCAGCGCAUACCUGAACUCGCUCUCCUUGAUGACGACCUGCAGGACGCUCGUGAACGAUCAAGUGGUGGUCCAGCUCUAUCACAAGACUACCUAUAUUAUCGCUUCAAAAAGAAGGGUGACGACUGGAGCUUAGCCAAUAGAUACCCCAUACUGGCGCCUGUCGAGCAAAUUGAGAAGCAAGCGACAAAGAUCCACCGCGAUGGUACGCCCUUGGAACAAUUAAAGCGCAUGUCACAACUGCGCCGAGACCGGAUUACUGAAGCCGUCCAGGAAGCCAAUGACCUCGAGUCCGGCGAUGCGCACUGGGAAGUGGUCUACAUCAAGCCGAGGAAGGAGCUGAAGAGGAACCGUACAGUACACGUCCCCGAGAUGGAUGUGAUACUUGCGCGCAAUAGGAGGGGAACAGCUCACACAAAAGCUGCAGUCCGGGAGCCCGCGAAGAUUAUCAACGAGGGCAAGGCAAAGCCCAGCAAGGGCAAGCAAUAUGCCGACGACUCCUAUGGUCGGUCUAGGAAAGAUUCCGGAUUGGCUAUGCUAGCCGACCGCGUUAGCAAUCUACCAGUUUUUGACACUGAUGGAAUGCCACGAGACGAGCAUGGCCCAAUACACUUCAAUGAUACCAACCUUCCGCCUCAGAUUCCCCGAGACAAGCCACUAGGGGCCAAGCCGGAACUCAAAAAGGAAGAUAAGAGAACAAAGCAUGACAAAAGUCAGAAACGGAGCAAGUCGCGCGACCAGCGCGACUCUCACGGAGAUGGCAUAUUCGCUGUCGGCGAUGACGGCGACUUGGGCGGGGCCAUGGAUUCCCUUCCUGAUGACAUACUAUUUGGGGAGCUGCCAACCGAUCAACGGGGCCGAAGAGGAAAAUCACCCCACGAGCACCCACAGGUUGUUGUUGAUGGAAAUACUACCCGAUCUUACUCUCGCCGCCGUGCUGCGCACGCGGAUGCACGAGCUCAGUCGCGCGAGAAGUCUCGCUCCCGUCGAGGCUCGGUGCACUUCCCUGACCAACGUGCACCACAAUAUUUCGACGCCGGCAGUUCGUCUUCGGAAGCCAGUGAGUCCAGUCACUAUGGCUUCGAUUACGACGGAAGCUCAAAUACUUCGAUAGGCAGCCCGGGCGGUGUACCUCGUCGGGGAAGCCUGGUGAAUCUACCACCACGCCCAGAUACUGUUUAUAAGAAACAUCAUCGAGGGCCCACGCGUUCACUUUCAUACGUGGAAAGUCCAUACCAUGUUGAGCAGCCGGUCAUCACUCCAGCGCGGUCGUACCGCAGCUCGUUUGUUACAUAUGGCAGGCCGCCAGCCGAAGGCGCGCGGUAUGAGCGGCCGGCGCGACCUGUGAGAUAUGCCACAACGCCGCUUCUCGAGGAGAGGCAAGUUGUGUAUCGUGAUCCGCCACACACACCAGGGAUUCGAUCUCAAGAAGUGGUCGCUGUGCACCAUCCUAGUAAUGUUCGACUCGUCCCCGUCGAAUCAAGCCUGCCUAUUCUGCACUACCCAGAGGACGAAGUCUUCCAUGAGCCUUACUACCGCGAAGAUAUCGACCCGGUCAGCUCGCGACUCGAGGACUACCAGCGUGAGAGGAUGAGAGAACCGCUUUUCAGACAUCAGUCUGGGGAGCUCAGUGACCGCGACAGGGAGGAGGAGAUCCGGAUUCGAGAAGACGAAAUCCGGAGAUUGAGGGGCUUGCGAGAGCAACGGUACUAUCAUGGGGAUAGGGACAGAAGAGAGAGACGUCGGUUUUACUAUGAUGCUCCCGCGGGACAUCAUUACUACUAUGUUGACUAA